AUGGACAUUAAUUGGACGACGAAGUCAAGGUUAAAAGCGGCGAAGAAGUAUCCGGGGCUCGAAAGUUCGAUCUACUACCAGAAACCUACUAUACGUAGCUUAUCGACACCAAUUCAAGGAUCUAUACCUUUAGAUCAAAACCAAGUCCUCUCAUUCGAGCUCGAGGCAAGGCCUCUUGAGGAGUAUCCUUUCCUUCGAGAACCAACAAAGACUCUUGCCGAACUUGAGAGGGACGUCAUUGCCAAAGGGCCUCCUGGACAAUGGUUUCGCAAGAUUCCAGGCAAGAAGACCGACAUUACGUGUUUGCCGGCAGAAAUGCAUGCCGAGAUUUUGAAGAACAUAUCAUUUAUAGAUCAAAUUGUGUGCGAACGUGUAUGUACGACGUGGCGUACUAUUAUUCGGAGGGACUGUGCUGGAUUUCGCUAUACGGCCAUCGAUGAUUCGCCAUUUAGUGGAAUCAAAGAUCUGGAGCCAACCUGCCCCCCUGAUUCUAAAAAGCCGCGUUUGGGGCCUAAAGUGACUACGCAGCCACCCCCGGAAAAGCCUAAGAUCCUCAUACACCGUCUGCUCCAGGAUGGAAACUUUGCUUUCCGCCAGAUCCCAGGCACCCAGUGCUCCGUCGAACUCAUGUCAACAUAUUUCCCGACACAUCCAAACGAGCCGCCCCGCCGCUUCAAACUCGCUAAUUUAUCAUUCCUUAACGACCCAAUCGCUAUUUACACUAGUACUGCUUUCCGGACCCGUCGCGAUGUCCCCUUUAUUACCGUCGUAUUCAAUGCAUCACCGCUCCGAAAUGAAUUCAUGUUAAAGAUUGGUGGAAGCUUCUCGACCGCCAAUACAACGAAUAUUGUAACACCAACCCUCCCGACCCCAUUCCCAAGCGGGCCUCUCUUACCUACCCUAUUUGGCCGCGCCCUCAGCUCCCCUCACGCCCGUAUCGCUUUCUCCCAAGGUCUUCGGUAUUAUCGCCCCUGGGACCUUGGGACCUUUCUCCUAGCCAUAAUGGGAAGACUCGAGUCUCCACACCAUUGGUACGAAGACAGUUCCCUAGAACAAAAUGAGCGUUGGAAUGGAAAAGAUGCAUGGGAGAAAUGGAGGACUGGUGUCGACGUUGACGGCGAUUGGGAUAUGGUCAACGGCUUCCGAUCACCCUUGACUAUUAGUCAAAUUGUUGUUAAAGAAAGGGAGCUAUUGGCACAAUAUCAAGGAAAAGGAUUUUGGUAUAUGAGAGAAUGGGGAAAAGAUAGCAAGAUAGAUGAGAUGCAUGUGGCGCUGACACCUGUGAGUGAUUGGGUGUGGGAGAUUUGUUAUUGA